AGGUCCCAUUCAUCAGCCGCAAGCCGGGGUCCCUCUUUGUCCCCUCUUACCUAAUAACUCUCAGUCCGAAAGUGUGAUCCUCACACAUGGCGCAGUCAAGGGUGCAGUAGCAGCUGCUGCUGUGUAACGACAGAGACCGACCCCUAGGGCUGAUGGUUUAAAAUGAACCGAGUUCCCCCCUUUUUCCCCAGGAAAACUGGAAUUGAGUUUCUUUUCUUGUCUCGGAUCCUGUUGGUUGAUGCAAAGAACACCGUCGUCGCCGUUGCUACCGAAUUACCUCUCGUACUUAGCCCGUACACGACAUCUCUACGUAACGUUGCCCACCGGAUCUGAUAUCGAACACAUUAUGUCUCACCAACCCACCAUCAUCAAGGAAGGAGAGUGGCAAGAUGGCCUCUGUGGAUGUUGCUCUGGUGGGCACUUCUGGAUGGGGUGCUGCUGCCCUUGUAUUCUGGUGAACAAGACUCAUGAGCUUCUCGAGAACCCCUCGAACCCUUCACCUAGCGGAUGUGGCAUGUGGGGAUGUGCCUGGUGCGGCUUGAACUUUUGUGGCGGCUGGGGAUGGAUUCUCGAAUGCCUUCAGCGUGGAGAGGUCCGAUCCAAGCAUAGAAUUGAGGGAAGCGGGUGCACCGACUGUCUUGUCGCCUGCUGCUGCCCUUGCUGCGGUGUGAUCCAGUCGCACAAGGAGGUGGAGAAGCGCAGGGACGCGAUGCAGGGAGGUGUGCCGGACAAGAUGGGCUAUCAGGGACAGGCCCCCAUGACGGCUUGAGCUCCCUGUAUAGACGUAACAGCGCCAUGGCCAAAGGAGAGACAGAAUGCUUGUGCGAAUUAGUUGUAGUUUGGGAGGGGGUAUUAUGAUACCAUCAUCUUUAUUGCUAGCAAGUACGAACAUUGACUUUAAGACCAU